AGGUUGCAUUGUAUUGUUCUCAAGAAAUUGUCGCAAAUUUGUCGUUUUAAUUGCUUGUGUGGGCCUUAAAGUCAUUCAUAUCGAAGGAUAGACCUCUUAAGAUGGACAAAAAAGGAUUAGACCUGCCCCUGGACAAGAAAGAAAAAAUGGAAAAAGAGGUGUAUUCUAGCAAAGAUGAGGAUGAUAGUGAUACUGAUAGCGAGGGAACUUUUGUGUUCGAAAAGAUUGAGGGGGACAGAACACAAAAGGCCCGCAAUGAUGAAAUUGACGAGAAGAUACCCUCAAGCCAGCGACCAAGGGCAGAGUCUCCAGUUAACAGUGAUGAGGAGAUACCCUCAAGCCAGCGACCAAGGGCAAAGUCCCCAGUUAACAGUGAUGAGGAGAUACCCUCAGGCCAGCGACCAAGGGCAGAGUCCCCUCAUAAAGGGACUAAGAGGACACACAAAACAAAGAUUAACAGAUAAAGAAGCAUGCAAGUAAAAAGCCAAGAAGCCUUGAGCCUUCGCUGAAGGACAUCAAAAAAUAGCUUAUCCAUCAUGACAACAACCCCAAGAUUAGAUUUUAAACUUUGAUAUUGUUGUAAAUAUGUAAAUGUGGUCC